AUGCCGCCGCGUGAUGUGGAGAAGGUCAGGUCACCGCCCGAGGAAAGUUGUGCCAAGGAGUACUCCAGUCCCGUUUUAUCUCCGCAGGCCCGAUCCAUCGAUAGCGGAGUCCUAUCUCACAGUUUCUCAAGCAUGUCAACUUUGCCGCUUCAUAGCGGUAGCCCCAAGGGUGCAGGUCUUGAGGAUGAAAAGGCCCCAUGGCUGACUACAAAGCAAAGGGCAACACCAAGUCGAAGAACCAUGGCAUGGCGCUAUGCCGUCGUGGUGACCUUUUUACUCUGCUACUAUCUGCUCCUGAGACCCGCCGACACAAUAUGCACGUCACCUAACUGUCUGGAAUCUUGCGAUGUCGUUUCCUGUGCCGCAUCCGAUGGUUCUGAAAGUACGGCGGACUUGUUCGAUCUGGAUCAGAAGCUCGAUGAAGAUAUGACAGCUCGGGUAACAGGAUAUCGAACCCCAAGUCAGCGCCCCCUUUCCAGGAUUCAAGAAGGCACGGGGAGCAAGAUUCCAUUAGAGGCGCAUAUCAUGAGCAAAUGUCCAGAUGCCAAAGACUGCCUACAGAAGUUGAUUCUCCCGGCUAUGGAGCAAAUCAGUGACAAGGUUGACUUUAACCUCUCUUUUAUCGCGAGCGUUUCUGAAAAAUCAACCGAGGUUGACUGCAAACAUGGUCCUGGGGAAUGCAUUGGGAACAUGCUUCUUCUUUGCGCAGCAAACUUGCCUUUUCCUCCAACAAAUGACGACUCACUGUUACCUGAAGUGUACCCCCGUACACCAAUUAUUCGAUCCCUCGGUUUUGCAAAUUGCAUGCUGAACGGCUACUCCCACAUCCCCAACCGUGAAUUCAUUCAUGAGUGUGCGAUGGAGCACGGCAUUGAUUUCGAUGCCCUGAACCGUUGUGCCAGCCAGCAGGAUGACGAUCCUGAUGGUGGCGAGCAGGAUGGGCCAAUGCUCAGUGGUUUGGCACUCUUGCGUGAAUCUGCGCUGCGUAGUGACAGUCUCGGGAUCAAGACCAGCUGCACUGUCCGUCUUGAUGAGUCUGUUUGGUGUGUUCGUGACAACGGCGAGUGGAAGGACUGUGCCCGGGAUGCUGAGGGCUCAGAUCCUCGGGUUUUGGUCGACGCAGUAAAUAAACUCUGGGAAGAACGAAAUUAA